CUGGGGCCGGGCGCCUUCCGGGGCCCCUGCACUGUGCGGGUGCGCGGUGCGGUUCCGAGGUGCGUGUCCCGGGUCCCUUUGUUGACAAUUCCCCCCCAACCAACUUGAGUUUGGCCGGCUCGCCCCGGCCCUGACGUCACGCGCGGUCACGUGGCCCCGCCUCCCGCUGGAUCUUUAAGUAGAAAGUAAUCUAUCAGGUCAGCCCUUAAAACGGGACUUUGGACUACGGGGGCUUCGGCGGCCCCGACACCCCCUCUCCGAGCCCGCUCUCCGCGCGCGCCGGGGCCGCAGGCGCGGGGGCCCCAGCGGCACCCAGCGCCCAGGACCCAGCACCCAGCACCGGGACGGCCGGAGUUGGCCAAGUGCGACCGCCCGGGGCCCGGGGCCGCGCCGCCCCAUGUGAGCCAAGCCCGGAGGGGCCCCCCAGCCGCCGACGCCUUUCCUACUCCCGGUACCCCCGAUUUUUUUCCGGGGGCUUCCCCGGCCCCCUUGACCCCCCUACCCCUCCCGGUGCUGGGUGACAACCCCUGAGACGACCACCCUUCGCCCCCACCCACCCAGACACACACACGCGCGCCCGCCCGCCGUCACCCACCCCGCGGAGGGAUGACCCUCUCCGGAGGCGGCAGCGCCAGCGACAUGUCCGGCCAGACGGUGCUGACGGCCGAGGACGUGGACAUCGAUGUGGUGGGCGAGGGCGACGACGGGCUGGAGGACAAGGACAGCGACGGGGGCUGCGACAGCCCCGCGGGGCCGCCGGAGCUGCGCCUGGACGAGGCGGACGAGGCGACGCCGGCGGCCCCGCAGCCUCCGCACCUGCAGCCGCCGGCGCUGCCCAAGGAGGCGGCCGGAGCCGGAGCCGGGCCGGGGGGCGAGGCGGGCGCGGCCGAGGCCGACGGCUGCAAAGGCGGCCUGGGCGGCGACGAGGGCGCGGGGACCGGCGCGGGAACCGGCGCGGCGGCGGCGGGCGGAGGCCUGGCCCCCAGCAAGCCCAAGAACAGCCUGGUGAAGCCGCCCUACUCCUACAUCGCGCUCAUCACCAUGGCCAUCCUGCAGAGCCCCCAGAAGAAGCUGACCCUGAGCGGCAUCUGCGAGUUCAUCAGCAACCGCUUCCCCUACUACCGGGAGAAGUUCCCGGCCUGGCAGAACAGCAUCCGCCACAACCUGUCGCUCAACGACUGCUUCGUCAAGAUCCCCCGCGAGCCGGGCAACCCGGGCAAAGGCAACUACUGGACCCUGGACCCGCAGUCCGAGGACAUGUUCGACAACGGCAGCUUCCUGAGGCGGCGGAAACGUUUCAAGCGCCACCAGCAGGAGCACCUGCGCGAGCAGACGGCGCUCAUGAUGCAGAGCUUCGGCGCCUACAGCCUGGCGGCCGCGGCAGGCGCGGCGGGACCCUACGGCCGCCCCUACGGCCUGCACCCCGCCGCCGCGGCCGGCGCCUACUCGCACCCCGCCGCCGCGGCCGCCGCAGCGGCGGCCGCCGCGCUCCAGUACCCGUACGCGCUGCCGCCCGUGGCCCCGGUGCUGCCGCCCGCCGUGCCGCUGCUGCCCUCGGGCGAACUGGGCCGCAAGGCGGCGGCUUUCGGCUCGCAGCUCGGGCCCGGCCUGCAGCUGCAGCUCAACAGCCUGGGCGCCGCCGCCGCGGCCGCCGCGGGCACCGCGGGCGCCACCCCCCCCGCGUCGCUCAUCAAGUCGGAGCCGAGCGCGCGGCCGUCGUUCAGCAUCGAGAACAUCAUCGGCGGCGGCCCCGCGGCGCCCGGGAGCUCGGCCGCCGGCCCCGGGGGCGCGGGGGUGGCGGCGGGCGGCGGGGGCGGCGCGGGCGGCGCGGCGGCGGCUCCGUCCUUCCUGCGCUCGCCCGGGACCGUGCAGUCGGCGGCGCUCAUGGCCACGCACCAGCCGCUGUCGCUGGGUCGGACGACGGCCACCAUCACGCCCAUCCUGAGCGUGCCGCUGUCGGGACAGUUCCUGCAGCCCGCAGCCUCGGCGGCCGCCGCAGCCGCCGCAGCCGCACAGGCCAAGUGGCCCGCGCAGUAGGGACUCGCGGGCGGCCGGGGGCCGGGGCGCGGGGUUCGGCUGCGGGUCUUCCAGGCUGCGCGCCCGGCCCCGCCCCGCCGCGCCGCGCCGCGCCGCGCCCCAGCCGGGCCCGGCCCGGCCCGGCCGCUCCGCCCAGUCCCGGGCUCUGCCUAGUCUCCGCUU